AUGACACAAUCUUCGAAAGAUUUAGACGAAUCGCUCAACUUCAACCACCGAUCUCCUACGUCUGGAGACAAUUUAUCCGAAACCAAGCCUAUUGAACAUAAUGCUGAUGCCGUACUGCCAUUCCCCACAUUGGAGCAUCGAAAAGGGGGUGUCAUUCACGUAAAACCUCCUCAAGCAAGAGACGGGAGUAGCAAUAUCAACACAUCUUCUUCACAAAGCACGAAGCCAAUACCAGCUUCAAGAAAGCGAUCUGAUUCAAAAUCACAGGUAGUCAACUAUCCAAUGAAGUCCACAACACAACGAGAUAACUUGGACGUAAAUUCGUAUUCAAAUUCUUCAACAAACACACAUCCACGUAAAAGAGCACAAAUGCAAUAUUAUGUAACCCUCACGCCAUUGAAUGAUACCUUUGUUGAAAAGCAUCUACCCGUUGCCAUAUUUCCAGAAACGACAAAGCUCGGUCGACCCACGGGAACAAAGCAUAAACCAGAUGUAACCAAUGGGUAUUUUGAUUCGCGAGUUUUAUCACGGAAUCAUGCUCAAAUUUAUAUAGACCCAACAACCGGGAGAUUGAUGCUACAAGAUCUAGGGUCAUCGAACGGCACAUACCUUAACGAUACUAGGCUUGGAAACGACCCAACCGAAGUCAAGAUUGGGGAUAUGGUUUGUCUUGGUUUCAAUGUUCAAGCUGAAUCAACACAUAAACAAAUCAGUCUUCGAAUCGACAAUAUCAAUGUGAUUGCUAAUACCAAAUCUGAUUUCAAAUUGGCAAACAGCCCGCAGCUAAAUACCCCGGAAUUUAAACACUUGUCAUUUAUGGAGGAAGUUUAUCGUCAAAUAAACGACGAGAAGACCAAAAAGAAACAUCAUACUACUGAUGGUUUUGAAAGUGCCUUUUUCGGAGAUGUAAAUCCGGUUCUUGAAGAUGACAUUAUUGGCUUGUAUUCUUCAACGAAUGCAGGAAUAUACAAUAAUUCACAAAUUGAAAAUACUGACACGCUUAAAACGAUGGUAAGAACCUUGAUGUCAAGCUUGACCAAAGUAAGACAGCAAGCCUCGGCUUUGAGCUCUUUGCGAGCAUUUUUGAUAAAUUAUCAACAGGAAUUGGAUCAACUCAAUGAAAAAUAUCUUGAACAGCAAUACAAGUUAAAAGUACAAGGAGUGAAGGAAGAAUUGGAUUUGGAAAAAGCAAAGAGUAAAAAAUUAGAGGAGACAGUUGCCACAUUGAAAGUAGAGCACGUUACAAAAUUAGAGGGUAUCGGGAAACAAUUAAACGCUAAAGACUUGGAGGUGUUAAGUUUACAGAAAAAGAUACUGUCUUUGGAAGCGAAAAUUGACUCGUUGGAAUCAGAAUCUUUAUCAGCUAAAGAGGCCAUUGCAAAACUCAAAGAAGAGCACAACAACAAUUUGAAAUUACUGCUUGAUGCAAAACAAGCAAGCGAAAGCAAAGUGCUCAGAAACAAGUCUAUUUCAACCGCCGAAGUUGAAACUCCUGAAGCUGGACACGACAUAAUUCCUGAUGCCAUUAAUGGGUUCAUUAUGGAUUUAUCACGUACUCCUUCGGUGCGGGAUAGCGCGAAAUCACUCGACUCUCGAAAUGGUACCACACAAGCGGAAGCUAUAGACCUAACACCACCGCUGUCUGAUCACGAGGAAGGAGACGGUGAUGACAAUGAUUUACAAAUAAGUCACAGUCGGCGGCCGUCAAUUGAGCUAUAUACUGGGAACCUUUCGUCAUCUUCGGUUAUUGCAACAAACCUUCUUCCCAAUGACGUCGAACCGUUUCCAAAAGUCGAAGAUGUUCCAUCUUCAUCAUCAUCAUCCAGUUCCAUUCUGUUGGGCAAGAAUAGUCGCUCAUCUACACUUUAUCAUGAUAAACUCUCGUUCAUGAAACCAGAUAGCAAAGCCACUAUGAAUUUAGCUAUCGCUACAUCUGUAGUACUCGUCAGUGUUUACAUAUAUUAUCUAUUGAACUAA